AACAUAAGAAACAAAGCAACAAUUCAUCGAAAGGAGAAGAAUGUCGCCGCCGGUGCUCCUGCUCUGCCGCCUGGCACCGGAAACGUUCGCGGAGUUCGCCGGUCGCUUCCGCCUCCUCGACUUCUACGCCUCCGAGCUCCCCAUCCACGCGUUCCUCGCUGCGGUCGCCGCCGACUCCGACCCACCUCGCGUCGCGCUUGUCUUCGGCCGCGGGCCCGUCGGCGUCGGCGCCGAGCUCCUCGACGCCGUCCCGUCUCUCCGCUGCAUCAUCACCGUUAGCGCGGGGGUCAACCACGUCGACCUCCCCGAGUGCGCGCGCCGCGGCGUGCAGGUCGCGAACGCCGCCGGCGUUUACUCUGCCGAUGUAGCCGACCAAGCUGUCGGCCUCCUGGUCGACGUUCUCCGCCACGUCUCCGCCGGCGACCGCCAUGUUCGCCGCGGCCUCUGGCCGGAGCACGGCUAUUUCAUCCCACUCGGCUCUAAGAUCGGUGGGAAGCGUGUCGGCAUCAUUGGCCUUGGCAGCAUCGGAUCGGCGAUCGCGAGGAGGCUGGUGGCGUUCGGCUGCGUCGUGUCCUACCACUCCCGCCGGCGCAAGGAGGACGUGCCCUACGCCUACUUCCCCAGCGCGCGCGACCUUGCCGCGAGCUCCGACGUGCUCGUCGUCGCGUGCGCCCUGACGGCGGAAACCCGGCACAUCGUGGACAGAGGGGUGCUCGACGCGCUGGGGGAGCGAGGCGUGGUCGUGAACGUGGCGCGCGGUGCGAACGUCGACGAGGCGGAGCUUGUUCGUGCGCUGGUGGAGGGCAGAGUCGCCGGCGCGGGGUUGGACGUGUUCGAGGAUGAGCCCAACGUGCCGCCGGAGCUGAUGGCCAUGGACAACGUGGUGCUCACCGCGCACCAGGCCGUGUUCACCCCAGAGUCGAUGGCCGACAUGGGCCGCCUGGUCGUCACCAACCUCGAGGCGUUCUUCGCCGGCGAGCCGCUGGUGACGCGCGUUUCCGCCGUCGAGUGACGCGCACUUCCAGCUUUGCAGUCCUUGCACUGUUACUAUUAGUUGCUCAAUUGACAUUUCACCAUUCUGCUAUAAAAUAUUUAAUUAUUCUUCAUUAUGCUAUAAUUGCUGUCUGCCUGUCUGUAUGUUGCCGAUAGAUGCAGAGAAUGAGUGUAAUAAUUUCAUUAAUACUAUUCAUCAUCUAAAAUAAUUGUUCUCCUCAAAAAUAGAAAAUUAU